AUGCAGAGGUUUAACUGGAAAUUGACGAUAAAACCGAACAUCGUUGCUUUAAGAUUGUUAGGAUUGUGGCCUGAAGGGAACGAAGGCUACAAAAAAGAUCUGUAUGCUGUAUAUGCGUUCACAUUUCUAAAUUUAUUCAUCAACUGCCACAAUUUUUUCCAAGCAGUGAAUAUCUUCUUCGUGUACACCGAUCUUGAAGCUUUGACCGCCAUAAUAUUUGUAACUAUCACCGACCUUCUAGCAUCCAUAAAAGUGUACUAUUUUGUUCGCAACAUUAAACAACUUAAGGCCCUUAUGGCAGCUUUAGACACACAAGUAUUUCAACCGAGAAGGUUAGAUGAGGAGCACACAUUCUAUUAUGGACCGAAGUUUUGGAGGUUUAUCUAUGUUGUGUAUCAUUUUCCUGUCAUCCCGACUUUAACCGCCUGGACUAUUUAUCCUGUGAUGGAUGGUUCGGUCAAAGAUUACCGGUUACCGUUUUCUGCAUGGUAUCCCUAUAACAGUAGAAUUUCGCCGUACUACGAAAUUACUUAUGGUUAUCAAGUGCUGUGUAUCUGGUUUUCGGCUUUUGCUGUUAUUAACACGGAUUCCAUGAUAACGGCGUUGAUGAUGUUUAUUAGGGCUCAAUGCGAUAUUUUGAACGACAGUGUGAAAAAUUUGGGGAGUUUAAGUAGCGCAGAUUAUAAUAGCAAUCUGCUACAGUGUGUGCAUCAUCACAGGACUAUUAUCAGUUUUGCAAAAGAUUGCAACAAAUUUUUCGAUCGAAUUGUUUUGGGGCAAUUUUUCACCAGUGCGCUUGCUUUGGCUUUGACUAUGUUUCAGUUAACAAUAGUUGCACCACUCAGUAGUGAAUUCUAUUCACUUAUAUUCUACACGGGUUCCAUGACAACCGAAAUUUUUCUAUACUGUUGGUUCGGAAAUGAGGUGGAAAUUAAGAAAUCCUUCACUCGCGCCCUAAAGUUCGACUUGAGUACAGUUAGUAUAAAUAUUGUUAUGGAUAAGUUUGACUGGAAACUGAAAAUUCACAUCAACAUCCUCAUCCUAAGACUGGUGGGAUUAUGGCCGAAAAACAACCUCUAUAAAUCGAAUUUUUACACCCUCUACGCCUUCAUUUCCAUAAAUUUGUUUAUCAACGCUCACAACUUCUUCCAAGCAGCAAAUAUUUUGUUCGUUUACAAGGACUUGGCAGCGUUAACGGCUAUAAUAUUUGUGACUUUUACCGACCUUCUGUCAUCAGUUAAAGCAUAUUAUUACGUACGGAAUAUGAAUAUACUCAGAAGACUCAUGUCUGACUUAGAAGAAGAAAUUUUUCAACCGAAGAGGGUCGAACAGCGACUUUUGGUGCAACAAGGUCUAGAUCAGUGGAGACUAACCUACGUAGCGUUCUGGGUUCCAGUGGGCACAACGCUACUUCUGUGGGCAAUUUUUCCUGUCAUGGAUGGGUCCUUUAAGGAAUAUCGGCUUCCAUUUUCGGCUUGGUACCCCUACAACACCAAAGUUUCGCCGCUUUAUGAAAUUACCUACGUUUAUCAAGUUAUCAGUAUCUGGUUCCUUGCCACUGCUAAUUUAAACAUGGACACUAUGGUAGCGGCUUUGAUGGCCUGUGUGGGUUGUCAGUGCGAAAUUUUAUGCGACAAAAUGAAAAGAUUAUUUGGGUGUGAUGCUGGAACAACGUUUGGUAGAGAGUUAGUUGAUUGUAUACGACAUCACAAGAAAAUUUUAAGUUUUGCUGAAAACUGCAACACUUUUUUUGACAAAAUUGUUUUGGGGCAGUUUUUUACCAGCUCGGUGUCGCUGGCUUUGGCCAUGUUUCAACUGACGUUGGUCCAACCCUUAAGCAGCGAAUUUUAUUCCCUGUUGUUCUACGUUGGAUCUAUUUCGGUGCAAAUUUUUCUUUAUUGCUGGUUUGGUAAUGAAGUUGAAGUAAAGGUAAGAGUAUUGGUAGAAGUUUUAUAUCUUUCGGUUUUGAAUUCUGGAUACUGGUUAUUGUGA